AAAAUGCAACACUGAUCUGUCAGAGGGUGAAGAAGGUGUCCCACUCUCGCAGGAACUGCUCUGGUCUGGACCCACACCGUGUCCUCUGAUCUCCGACAAUGAUCAAGCUGCUCAUGGUCAGUAUGCUGAUGGUCCCCUGUGUUGGGGGUCAUGCUCUGGACACUCCAAAUCCCCAGGGAUUACCUCCAGGACUGUCAAAAAAUAUCAAUAUUACAUUCUUCAAUGGGGUGUUUCAAAAUGUGGAAGGUGUCGCUGAAAUUUUUGAGUGCCUAGGCUCCCACUUCACCUGGCUGCAGGCUGUCUUCACCAACUUUCCUCUGCUGCUGCAGUUUGUGAACAGUAUGAGGUGUGUGACUGGCCUCUGCCCCCGGGACUUUGAAGACUAUGGCUGUGCCUGCAGGUUUGAGAUGGAAGGGCUACCUGUGGAUGAGUCUGACAGCUGCUGCUUCCAGCAUCGUAGGUGCUAUGAGGAAGCUGUUGAGAUGGACUGUCUCCAAGACCCUGCCAAGCUCAGUGCAGAUGUGGAUUGCAUCAACAAACAGAUCACAUGUGAAUCUGAGGAUCCUUGUGAGCACCUACUGUGUACCUGUGAUAAGGUUGCUGUUGAGUGCUUGGCUCAGUCUGGCAUCAACUCUUCCCUGAAUUUUCUGGAUGCCUCCUUCUGCCUGGCUCAAACUCCAGAGACAACUAGCAGCAAAGCCCCAGUGACUGAGCUACCUAGAGUGGCUGGUGAGAUGAAAGCAGACAGACUGACAACACUCUCCAGGACAAGGGCAGACUCUGUUGGAGAUCUUCAAGGUGUGGAAGCUGCUAGGACCAUAUCAACUCCAGGAUCUGCAGAGAUUGUUGCCAUAGCUGAAGGUGCAGCCCGUGUCCCCACUGGCAUUAAAACAGUGAGGUUGGAAGUAUCAUCCGUUGACAAUGGUUCUCAGGAGACAAAUGGAAAAGCCUGUGACAGAUUGGCCUUCCUACAUCUGGGUGAUGGGGAUAGCACACAGGCCCUGCUGCAGCUUGGAGAGAUGCUCUUCUGCCUAACAUCCCACUGCCCAGAGGAAUUUGAAUCUUAUGGCUGCUACUGUGGAAGAGAAGGAAGAGGCGAGCCAAGGGAUACCCUGGACAGGUGCUGUUUGUCCCAUCACUGCUGUUUGGAGCAGGUGAGACCACUGGGCUGCCUGCAUGGGAGUCGUUCUCGGUCAUCUGUUGUAUGUGAGGACCACACACCCAAGUGUGUGGGGCAGAGCCUAUGUGAGAAGCUCCUAUGUGCCUGUGACCAGAUGGCAGCUGAAUGCAUGGCCUCCGCCUCCUUUAAUCAAAGCCUUAAGUUAUCAGACCUACAAGAGUGUCAGGGCAAGCCUGUAUCCUGUGAGGAUGGCAUGCUUGGGGGCAACUUGGCCUCUUCUGCAGGCUCCAGUUCUGAGGAGAAUAGUGAGGAGGCCACACCCUAGAUGGAGCUCUUAAGAAGCAGGUUUCUGGAGAAGCCUCCUGGUCCCUUGGAGACAAGGCCACUCAGUGGAAGAUAAGAUGCCAUAUGCCAGUAGUUCUGAGCUGCCUGAGCUCUUUGGCCCUCAGACCUCUGUCCAUAGGAGCCUUAGCAGAAGCUCCGAGGAAGCAGAGACAGCCAGUUCCUUACCCAUAAGCCUCCUCCUGAAACUUGUCAGCUCACUGACCAAUGUGACUGAAGAAUGAGUGCAGCGGACAGCACCUCUCUCCUUCCUGUAGUUCACUAUGGGAGUUCAAUAAAUUCUCCAUGCCAUAUGGCCGUGUCCUGUUUAAGAACUGGCUCUGUAGAUAUGUGGCUGUGUGAGUAGCUUGCAAAGGUGAGAUGACAGGAACAAUGCAGGAAAGGACUCUAUUUCGUUUUUAUCUUUUGUUAAAAAGAGUAUAACUGCCCACGACUGUCAAUGACUAAGACAGUGAUUCUGUAUGGGUCAGAUACACUUGCUUCCACUGUUAGGAGAGCGGCCAUAUGGCACCGCCAUCAGCAUGAGAAACCACCCAUUGCUACCAUUGGCCCUAGACCUUUCUUAAAAAGAUUACUAAGGUCCUUGCCUGACUUCAUAUCCUCUAAUCUUCCCAUAUACUUCCCUCCAUGGAGCAACCAUGGAUGUGGAGCCUGCACACCUGCUUUCUGCAGUUCCUGAGUUCCACAUGACUUUUCCUGACAAGAUCAGCACUCAUGAACACAGUAUCCAGGUAUGAAAUGCUAGAGGGCCACUUUUGUUCCUGAACAAACAUCCAAGAGUAAAUGUGGUCCCCAUUUUCAUGUACUAAGUAGGGAACUCUGAGACCGAGACUAGAAUGUCAAGGGUAGAACUCUCCAGGGACCAGUGAUGACCGACUUUAAAAGGGACUCAGCCUUGUCCUUCCGUUUCACCAUAUAUCCCCUUGCAGGGAGCUCUGGAAUCACUUCUCAGAAUAACACCUGCACAUAAGCCUUGCCACAGGAUGUCAUGGGGAAGCCUAGGCACAGCACUGCCUCUAGUUUGUGUAAGCUAACGGCUGAAUACAGCUCCAUAAAGAUGUAGUUUAUCCCCAGACCCUGACUUUGCUUUCAGUAACUCAUAUUAGAUGACAAAAGACAGGAUCACAGUCAUAGUGGAAAGCUAGGGACAGCAUUGUACCAUGCUCUCAGAAUGUCAGUGGGAACAGGGUCAGAGAUGGGUACUGUCUCAAGACUACACAGCAGAGACAGUGGCACACUGGUGGUGUCUUAGGAAGGCAGCACCUGUGACAGUGCUUUUCUGCAGGCAUUAAGUGGUUUCAAGGAACACUAGACCCCAAAGACGACUGUCAUUAAUAUUCACCAGAGGCUUAUUCUAUAAUGCAGGGAUGACACAGUGGUUCACUCACCCUCUCAGCUAGUCUCUAAGGACAAAUCAUACUGUUUUCACUCCACAGAUGAGUGACCAUCACUUAUCUAUGACUGCUUAGCCUGGAGCUUUGGUUAGAUUUGAACCAGAACUCAAGCUCCUCAUCACGUAUCACAGUUGCUAAUCCAAGAGGCCCGUGAACUACAGCUGGCCAUGGCACAUGGCUCUGCAGGUGUAGACUAUGCCCAGGGUGACAUAAAGUACUAGAGAACAGCUGUGUUUGUUAAGAGAGGCUUUGUGUAAUUUAGAGAGCAAGGAGGUGGAGUGGGAAGAAGUCACUGAGGCUAACAGGGAGAUGGUAACUAUGGGAAGCACGCAGUAGGCUUAACCUAGGCUCUCUUCAUGAUCAUGAGCUAUGCUUCUGAAGAUUCUCAUAUAUAUGGAGAAGACUCCACCCAGCAACUUGACUUUUUCUAAGUCCAAUGUUGAA